UUUAACAACAGACGACUGGCUUAAUAGUGCAUGAAUCAUGCUGUUUUCUUUUCUUUUGCUAAUAAAUUGAUCUAUAAAGAGGCAAUAAUUAAUGCAAAUUGCCUCCCAUCUAUUAUAAAUUCUUCUUCUCACCACAUAUAAAAACAUCUCUACUUUCACUUGAGGAUAGGCAGCUGUAACUUCAAAGGAUCGAUCCGCUUGAGAAGAUAUGGGCAGCCGCACUUUACCGUUAAACACCAUAUGUUUUGUGGUGUUUCUUGCCUGGCUUCUGGUUUGGGUUCUGCUUCCCACCAAGAUUUACAAACAAACAUGGACUCCCAAACUAAACUCCAACCUCAACUCCACAUAUUUUGGAGAAAAAGGGACAAAUCUUCUACUUUUUUCGUUCCCUAUAAUGCUCAUUGCAGUUCUGGGCUGCGUUUAUCUCCAUCUUCAGAAGAAACGUCGGCUUAAUCCCAAUAGCGAGAUGAAAUGCAAUUGUGUGACCUUCUCGAGACGUCCGGUGCUGGUAAUGGCUCCUCUAGGAAUUGUAACUGCACUGGAGCUUACUUUUGUAGUCAUGUUCAUAGCACUCAUGAUUUGGUCCCUUGGUAAUUACUUAUAUGUCAGCUUUGGUCAUCUCCACAUGCAUAAAGCUGGAGAAAAAGUGUGGCAAGCCAAGUUCCGAAGUGUAUCGUUAAGACUUGGGUAUAUUGGAAACACAUGCUGGGCAUUUCUGUUCUUUCCGGUGACUCGAGCCUCUUCAAUUUUGCCUCUUGUUAGGCUCACGUCGGAGUCAAGUAUCAAGUAUCAUAUCUGGCUUGGCCAUCUCUCUAAUCUCCUCUUUGUGGCGCAUACUGUUGGCUUUAUUAUUUACUGGGCCAUGACUGACCAAAUGAUUGAGUUACUGGAAUGGAGCAAAACUUAUUUAUCAAAUUUAGCUGGGAUGAUUGCAACUGUAAUUGCAGUGGUGAUGUGGGUGACAAGCAUGCCUCGCUUUAGGCGAAAGAUGUUUGAAGUUUUCUUCUACACUCACCAUCUCUACAUUAUUUUUAUCAUCUUCUAUGUAUUGCAUGUUGGCUCUGCCUAUUUUUGCAUGAUCCUUCCAGGAAUCUUUCUCUUUGUUGUGGAUCGAUACUUGAGAUUUCUACAGUCACGAAAACGUGCUAGAUUACUCUCUGCUCGCCUCUUACCAUGCGACGUUGUUGAAUUGAACUUCUCCAAGAGUGCUGAAUUGUACUAUAAUCCCACAAGCAUGUUGUUCAUAAAUGUGCCAAGCAUUUCCAGGCUUCAGUGGCACCCUUUUACUGUGACUUCCAACUGCAACAUGGAGCAGGAUAAGUUAAGCAUUGUUUGUAAAAGCGAGGGAAGUUGGACUCAAAGGCUUUAUCAAGAAAUUUCUUCUUCUAUUGAUCGUCUUGAAGUCUCUAUUGAAGGACCCUAUGGUCCUAAUUCAGCUGAUUUUCUAAGGCAUGAAACACUGGUGAUGGUGUGUGGAGGGAGUGGCAUUAGUCCUUUCAUUUCCAUAAUCAGGGAGAUCAUAUUUCAAAGUACCAAACCAGAUUACCAAGCUCCCAAUGUUCAUCUCAUUUGUGCCUUCAAGAACUUUUCUGACCUUUCCAUGUUGGACCUCUUGCUUCCAAUCUCCGGCACACCGGCAGAAAUUUCAAAACUACAAUUACAGAUAGAAGUCUAUGUAACCAGAGAGAUUGAACAGCCCAAAACAGACACCCAAAAGCUACUCCAAUCCUUAUGGUUUAAGGCAAAUCCAUUGGACUCACCAAUUUCCACGGCUCUGGGUCCUAAAACUUGGCUAUGGCUUGGUGCAAUAAUAGCAUCAUCAUUUGUCAUGUUCCUCCUCUUGUUGGGCAUUAUCACUCGCUACUACAUUUACCCAAUUGAAAGAAACGGCACUGAAGUUUACCAUUAUUCGUACAAGUGUCUCUGGGAUAUGUUUCUGGUUUGUGCUUGUAUUUUUAUAGCUUCUAGUGCAGUUUUCCUAUGGUGCAAGAAAGAGAAUGAUCACAGGGAAGAGAAGCAAAUUCAGAACGUGGAAGUGCCAACACCGACAACAUCACCAGGUUCGUGGCUUUACAGUGCAGAUAGGGAGCUGGAAAGCCUUCCCAAUCAGUCUCUUGUUGAAGCUACCAAGGUGCAUUUUGGUGAAAGACCAAAUCUCAAAAAAAUACUGUUUGGUCUGAAAGGAUCGGACGUGGGAGUUUUAGUUUGUGGCCCCAAGAAAAUGAGAUAUGAAGUCGCCAAGAUUUGUGCGUCUGGGUUAGCAGAUAACUUGCAUUUUGAGUCCAUUAGCUUCAACUGGUGACGACAGGUUUAACGAUAGAUAAAAAGGUCUGAACUUUUUAGGUCUCAUUGCAUAAUCUCCAUCUUUUAAAUGUGUAUUAUUAUGUGAAAUAAAUAAAGUUGAUGUGAUGUAGACAAAAGAAUUCUCUGUAUUCAGUCCAAAUGGAAUAUUUGGGAUGCUUUA